GCAAAGGAAACCGAAAACGUCAGAGCUGGAGACGUGUAGUGUUUUCAUCAUCAAAAACUUCGCUGUCUGGAACUUUGCUGAAAUUCGGUCUAAUUAAUAUAUGUUCUUUGUUCUUGUGUAAACAAGUUUUAUCUAGUAGAUUAGAUUUAAAAUGUUGAAAGCUAUAAUCCUUAUUGGUGGACCGGAGAAAGGAACCCGGUUCCGCCCACUGUCAUUGGACACCCCGAAACCGUUGUUCCCGAUCGCGGGAAAACCGGUCAUCCAGCACCAUAUCGAGGCAUGCGUUCGCAUCAAGGAACUGAAGGAGAUACUGAUCCUGGGCUUCUAUCCGGCCUCACAGAUGCAACAGUUCGUGAGCAACAUGCAGAAUCUGUACGAUGUGAACAUUCGAUACCUGCAGGAGUUCACGUCACUGGGCACGGCCGGUGGUAUGUACCACUUCCGGGACCAGAUCCGUUCGGGGAACCCAAGUGCGUUCUUUGUGCUGAAUGGGGACGUUUGCGCUGAUUUUCCUCUGCAGCAGCUGUACGAUUUUCACGUCAGCAAGGGCGAGAAAGCGUUGGUAUCCAUCAUGGGAACGGAAGCAACCCGCCAGCAAGCGGUCCACUACGGUUGCCUAGUCCUGGGCAAAGACGAGGAAGUGACCCAUUACGUGGAAAAGCCGCGCACUUACGUCUCCACCCUGAUCAACUGUGGCGUGUACGUGUGCUCGAUGGAACUGUUCGCCCGGAUGGGCAACGUAUUCCACUCGAAACAGAUGGACUACAACACGUUGAACAACGGCAACGGAAAAGACCUGGGUCACAUUCAGUUGGAGCAGGAAAUCCUGACGCCACUGGCCGGGACGGGGCUGAUGUACGCCCUGCCGGUCAGUAACUGGUGGUCACAAAUCAAGACCGCCGGGUCGGCCAUCUACGCCAACAGGCACUACCUGGCACUGUACAAAAAUACACAUCCGGAACGGUUGGCCAAUGCGGGACUUAAGGCUGCGGAAGACAGCAAUGGCAGUCUGGUGUGCAACAUCAUUCCGGACGUGCACAUUCAUCCGACGGCGUCGGUGCAUCCAACGGCCACGCUUGGACCCAACGUAUCGGUCGGUCCGGGGGUUGUUAUCGCAGCAGGAGUUCGCAUUCGCGAAUCGAUCAUCCUUGAGAAUGCCGUUAUAAAGGAUCACACGCUCGUUCUCCACAGUAUCGUGGGUCGCAGCUCCCAGAUCGGAAUGUGGGCCCGUGUCGAGGGAACGCCCAGCGAUCCGGAUCCGAACAAACCGUUCGCCAAGAUGGAGAACCCGCCGCUGUUCAACAACGAUGGUCGUCUCAACCCGUCGAUUACCAUCCUGGGUUACUCGGUGAGCGUUCCCUCGGAGAUGGUACUGCUCAAUUCCAUAGUUCUGCCGCACAAGGAACUGAGCCGAAGUUUCAAGAACGAGAUCAUUCUGUAAUAAUCCAAGAACGUGCUUUCCAACAAUUAUUAUUGAUUCUGUUCUGUUUUAAUCGGUACUCGAUAGUUUUAGAAGAAAACAAAUUCUAUUGAUUUCUAUUCACGUUUGUGCCAGUUAUGCCUAAUAAAGAUGAAUUUUAAAUAUUUAA